AUGACUACUACAAGUGACGUUCCCCACAAGCUCCAACGUGCAAAUUACGUGAAGGCAAAAGACCUUACACCAGGAUCUCAUGGACAUAAUUUGGUACUUCAGGUAGUUUCUGUUGCUGCAACGGUAGAAAAGAAGCGCUAUGAUGGCUCUGUCUCGCGCAUUGCCGAGGUGGUGCUAGCGGACGAGACUGGAUGUGUAACAUUUACUGCGCGGAAUGACCAGAUUGAUAUGCUAAAAGAAGGACUUGUAGUGGUAUUACGCAAUAGCAAUGCCGAUAUAUACAACGGAUUCAUGCGUUUAAAUGUGACGUUAUGGGGAAAGCUGUCACUACAUCCGGACGGUAUUGAAUCAACGCCGCCACCUCCACCCAGCAUUAAUACGGACAACAAUAUCUCUGCGAUUGAAUAUGAGCUAGUUACGGUAAAUGACGCAGACGAGUGA